AAGUCCAGUCAUAAUAAUUGGGUAACAUCUUUAUGUUGAUUAUAAAUAAAAGGAUUGGAAACUCCGGUGAAUUCAGAUUCCACAAAGACGCUUUUUCUCAACACUGAAAGGAAAAUCUCGGGAUAGCGAUGGUGCAAGGCAAAUGGGUCGAGAUGCAUAACAUGCAAUCUUUUUAUCAGCUUGAUCAAAAGGGAACUGGACCUGGAGCAAGAAGCUCACAUGCAAUAACCAUAGUAGGACCAAAGGCCUAUGCUUUUGGCGGCGAGUUUUCGCCACGUGUCCCUGUAGAUAACAAUCUUCACGUCUUUGACCUCCAAACCCAGGCAUGGUCUAUCCCAGAAGUCACCGGAGAUAUUCCUCCGCCGCGAGUUGGUGUCACAAUGGCCGCAGUUGGCAAAACCAUCUAUGUCUUUGGUGGGAGAGAUACCACUCACAAGGAACUUAAUGAGCUCUACUCUUUUGACACUUGUACUAACAACUGGAUCCUACUAUCUACUGGUGUUACUGGGCCUGCUCACCGGAGCUACCAUUCAACUACCUCCGAUGAUCGUUACGUGUAUAUCUUUGGUGGGUGUGGUGUUGCUGGCCGGUUGAAUGAUCUCUGGGCUUAUGAUACUGUCGAUCAAAAAUGGGUCAACUAUCCAAGUCCAGGAGAUAAUUGUAAGGGUAGAGGUGGACCUGGGCUCGCAGUAGCCCAAGGAAAAAUAUGGGUUGUCUAUGGAUUCGCUGGUAUGGAGAUGGAUGAUGUCCAUCGCUACGAUCCGGUCCAUGAAACGUGGGACCAAGUGGAGACAAGUGGCGAAAAGCCAAUGGCUAGAAGUGUAUUUUCCACCAUUGGAAUUGGAAAAUACAUAAUCAUAUACGGAGGAGAAAUAGACCCCAGUCACUUGGGCCAUCUAGGGGCCGGAAAGUUCACCGGUGAUCUUUAUGCACUUGAUACUGAAAAUUUAAUAUGGAUGAAAUUGGAUGACGGACCGGGCUCGAAAAGUCAUCCCGGGCCAAGAGGAUGGUGCGCUUUCGCCUCCGGUAGCUUGGGUGGUAAGCUAGGGCUUUUGGUGUAUGGUGGUAACUCUCCAAGUAAUGAUAGGUUGGAUGACAUUUUCUUUUUGACUCUUUGCUUGGAUGGAGUUGAAAAAUGAGAAUGUUAUUUAGUGAUUAUGUGUGGAUUUUGCUAAGAUUGUGGGAUGUGUAGUGUAGUUUAUAAGGUAUGGUAAUGAAUGCUAAAGUGAUCUUUGUUAAGAAGAUUGUGGAGUGUGUCUGUCUUUGUGUUUGAACAAAUUUGAGAUAAAGUUGAAUGAGCAAUCUUUUUCUUGAUGGUUUA